CGUCAACUUGAAUUUUAUGAACUGACCGUGUCUCUGUCUCUAUAUUUAAUACCAUGCCCAAAUCUUAAAACAUUCAUUAAUUCUUCCAACAUUAAUUAUUUUCUUUCAAUUUAGUCCAUUUUUUCUUCAAUUCAGAUUAAUUUUCUUGCCACCCAGUAAAAUGUCUGCUCUUGCUCUUCCAUGGAAAUACGACGUUUUUCUCAGCUUCAGAGGCGAAGACACCGCCAAGAAUUUCACCAGUCAUCUCUACGCCGCCUUAUCUCAAAAAGGAAUCACCACCUUCAACCGGAAUCAAUCACCGGAAAUCAUUCCCGGCCAACAAAUCAGUAAAGCAAUCCAAAAUUCGACCGUUUCCGUAGUCAUAUUCUCUACGAAUUUCGCUUCUUCGUCUAGCUGCUUAGACGAGCUUGUGGAGAUUUUUCAUUGCAUGAAAACCAAGGGGCAGAUAGUCUUGCCGGUUUUCUACAGUGUGGACCCGGCCGAGGUGAGAAAACAAACCGGGAAAUUUGGUGAUUCGUUUUGUAAGCAUGAGCAGGUUUUUAGAGAUGAUAUUUGGAAGGUGCAGCAGUGGAGAGGUGCAGCUACUGCAAUGGCUAACCUCAGUGGAUGGGAUAUUCAGGACAGGCAUGAGUCGGAUCUUAUUGAAGAAAUUGUUGAAGAGGUACUAAUGAAAUUGAGAAAAUCAAGUCAUAGAUUCUCAGGUCCAUCGAAUUCUUUUGUUGGAAUAGAUUCAAGAUUGGAUGAAAUGAUGUAUUCACAUUUAGGUAUAGGGGAAGGGGAAGCGGAUGAUGUUCGGUUUGUAGGAAUUUGUGGGAUGGGCGGUAUAGGUAAGACAACCAUUGCUAGAGCUGUGUAUGCGGAGUUAUCCUGUGAAUACGAAGGGAGUUGUUUUCUUGCAAAUGUUAGAGAAUUAGAGGAGAGAAGUGGUUUAAUUUCCUUACAGGAACAACUUCUUUCUGAAAUCCUAAUGGACAGAAACAUAAUAGUUUGGGAUGUUCAUGGUGGAGUGAAUGAGAUCAAAUCUAGGUUGAGGCAUAAAAAGGUCCUUAUCAUUCUUGAUGAUGUUAACCAUUUGGAGCAGUUAAAGUCGUUAGCAGGAAUGAGUGAUUGGUUUGGAAGUGGAAGUAGAAUAAUCAUAACAACCAGAGAUGAACAUUUGUUGUCAUGUCAUGGUAUAGAAAGAAUUUACAGGGUCGAAGGAUUAGAUUGCUAUGAAGCCCUUCAUCUCUUUUGUUCAAAAGCCUUUAAAAGUGAUUAUCCUUUAGAUGGGUACGUAGAGCUAGCUAAUAGCUUUGUCAAUUAUGCUAGUGGUCUUCCAUUAGCUCUUGAUGUUCUUGGCUCAUUUUUGUUUGAUAAAUCUGUAGAUGAGUGGCUAAGUGCAUUAGAUAGGCUGAAGGAAAUUCCCAACAAAGAAAUACUAGAUAAGCUUUCUAUUAGUAUUGAUGGAUUGCACGAAAUAGAGAAGAAAGUUUUCCUAGAUAUUGCUUGUUUCUUUAAAGGAGAGGAUAAAGAUUACGUGAUCAAAGUACUGGAAGCUUGUGGGUUCUAUGCAGAGAUUGGAAUAAGAGUUCUUCUCAGUAAAUCUCUUAUAACUAUUUCAGAUGAUAGAAUUUGGAUGCACGACUUACUCCAAGAAUUGGGUCGAGAAAUUGUUCGUAGAUCAUGCUAUGAAGAACCGGGAAAGAGAAGCAGAUUGUGGCUUUAUAAGGAUGUCCAUCAUGUCCUGUCAAAUAAUACGGGAACAGAAGAGAUCGAGGGAAUUGUGCUAGACUCAUGUGAGCAGGAAAGUGAAAAGCAGUUGAGUGCUAAAGCUUUUAAGAGUAUGCGAAAGCUGAGAUUGCUCAGACUUCAAAAUCUACAGUUCUCUGACGGCCUGGAGUAUCUUUCGAAUAAGUUAAGAUAUCUUGAUUGGGAAGGAUAUCCUUUCAAAUCUCUUCCAUCCACAUUCCAGCCAGACAAACUUGUCGAGCUCCAUCUGCAAUCAAGCAACAUUGAACUGUUAUGGAAGGGAAUCAAACCUCUGAAGAUGUUAAAGGUUAUAGAUUUGAGUUAUUCCGUUAACUUAAUCAAGACUAUUGACUUCAGAGAUGUCCCAAAUCUUGAAAAGCUGAAUCUGGAAGGAUGCACAAGAUUAUAUGAGGUGCACCAAUCAAUUGGAACUUUGAAAAGGCUUGUGUUACUGAACUUGAAGGACUGCAAAAGUCUAGUCAGGAUUCCUGACAGCAUAUGCGAUUUGAAGUCUCUUAAGACUCUUAUGCUGCAUGGCUGCUCAAAACUUGAAAACUUGCCUGAAAGGUUACGGGAUAUGAAUUGUUUGGAGAAAAUAGACAUUGGUGGAAUUUUUGAAAAACAACUAGCAUCAGCUAAACCCUGGGAUUUUAUCCUCCCUUCAUGGUUUUUGCCAAGGAAGACUCUAAAUUUGAUGGAUUUUAUGCCUUCUAUUGCAGUUCUGAGUUCUUUGAAAACAUUAGAUUUAAGCUACUGCAAUAUCAUAGAAGGUGCACUUCCCGAUGAUCUGGGCUGCUUCCCAUCUCUGGAGACAUUAAAUCUAAGCGGGAAUCAUUUUAUUAGUGUUCCUACAAGCAUUUGCAGACUUUCUAAACUUGAUGAUCUUAGAUUUGAAAAUUGCAAGAAACUGCAGUUAUUGCCAACUCUUCCGGUUGGUAUUUUAUACCUAAGCACAGAUGGUUGCUCUUCCUUGGGGACUUUGGUUCCGAAAACUGUUACAAGACACUGCAAAAAGGCAAAUCUGUGCAUUCCAAAUUGUGAAAGGCUUCAGUCAUUGCCUCAUCUUUCGUCGAGUAUUGUAAAUCUAAGUGCGGAAGGUUUGACUGCACAAGGAAAUUUCCCAAAUCCAUUGGAAAAAGAUGAUCCGAAAGCUUCAGCUUUAACAUUUGUUAAUCGGAUAGAGUUGGUUGAGAUUCAAGGCAAAAACUGUUCAGCAUUUGCCAGGCUGACCAGUUACUUGCAUUUCCUGCUGAGGCACAGCUCUCAGGGGCUGUUCAAUCCAAGGUCUCACGUGUCGAUGUGUUUAGCUGGAAAUGAAGUUCCCGAGUGGUUCAACUAUCAGAAAAUGGGUUCAUCAUUAGAAUUGCAGUUGCCUCAACAUUGGUUCACUGAUAGAUGGAUGGGAUUUGCAAUUUGUGUUGUUUUUGAAGGCCAUGAUGUGCUUCCAUCAUCAGAAGGAAAUACACUUUUCUGCGAUUUACAUGCAUGGGUAACGCCAGAUGAACUUCUGUUUCUAGGUCGCCCAUCAAUGCAUAUUUCUCAAGAUGUGGAUAUCAGGUCAGAGCAGCUUUGGUUCAACUUCAUACCGCGCAGUUCAUUGAGCUGCGUAGAUUGGUGGGAAUCGUGUGGAAACCUCAAGGCGUCAAUCUCCUCAAAUGGUUUGAAGGUGAAGCGCUGCGGACUACGCAUAAUAUAUGAUCAUGAUGUUGGUGAACUAAUUCAAUGUCAUAGAAAUUUUGAUGAUUUGGGUCUAUCCUCUCAUAAUGAUUCUGAUAUAUGCAAGAGAAGCCAUGAUGAAAGUAGUAGACCGGAAGAAGCCAUCAACAAUGGCAGCGACAAAUGUGGUGGUAACGGACUCCACUCAAAAAGGUUAAAAAUGACUGCAGAUUAAUUGUCUUGAGCAUAAGCUAUGUUGCACGAAAACAUCUUUACGUAAAUAUAUUAUAAAUAUAAAGUUCUAGAGUUGUAAAAGUGUUUCCGAAAACGGAAACAAACGUAUUUAGGUCUCGAUAAGUUUUUGUGCAAUGUAAAAGAAUAAGAAUCAAGAGUUGAAGUUGUUUAUUUAGCAAACUGUUAUUUAAUGUCAUUAUCAAUUACUAGUA